UCCCUUCUCCUGUCUCCCUAUCUCGACCUUCCCUUAAUCUUCAUCGACUCAUCUAGUUCAGAAGGCUCCGCACUGGUUUGCGUUGCUGUCCCCUCCCCCUUUCUUUCAUUCGUGCGCCCUGAGCAGACUGGGCUUCUGAAGAUCGUUCUUCUAUCUGUCUGCUUGUUACAACAUCAACAUGCCGGCCACACAGGCUGUUGUGACGCUCCACCCUCUAUCCCUCUUUGAUGAAAUCCCAUAUCGGUCCCUAGAUUUCUUCCCUACAAAAAACGAUGCCAACAUUGGUCGGGCUUCUAAACGUGAAUCAAAGAAUCUGAUUCCCGCCAAAAACAAUGGACUGUUUGAUUCUAGGGUCAUGUCGCGCAAUCAUGCCAAAAUGUGGGUAUCCUUGGAGAAGCAGAUCGUCUACAUUCGUGAUGGCGGAUCGAUGCAUGGCACUUGGAUAAAUGGAAAGAGAAUCCCAGCCGAUGAGGACACUGUCAUCAAGCAUGGUGAUGUGGUCACCUUUGGAUCCACAGUAUUUCGUGGCACGGAUACCUUCCCUCCACUUAAGGUUCGCUGUGAAUUUGAGUGGUCCAAUCCUAGCCGUAGACCGGUACCUGCUUCUAACACGUUCUGCGUUCCUGAUGACGAAGAAAGUGAUGUUAAGCAGGAUCCCAUUCCUGUGGUAAUCGCGUCCGAGAACGCAUCUGAGAACGCAUCCGAGGACGGCAACUCUGCACCCGGCUCAGAUUCAGACGACCAAUCAGUCAUGGAGGUCACAUCACCUUUGACAUCUCCUCUGAAGAAGGAUGAUGCAGAAAGUUGUCAUGUGACAGCCUCCUCGGAUAUAACUAGUGGUGAUAAGCAAGCGGGUGGAGCAGGAUCCGAACAAAGCCCUAUCGAUCUCGAGGGUGAACAACAUGAACAACCUCUGGUGACUCCGCGAAUGACCCCACCAUCUGUCAUAGAUAUCAUUGAGGACCCCGGCAACACGGUCCAUCAUUUCAGCGACUUCCUUCAAGAGGCAGAUGCUAUGUCUGUGAUGGACUCCGACGACGACGACGGCGAUGAAGAAGAUUCCAGCUGGGAAGAGGACGACCAUGCUGGCUUGGACGAUGACUUGGACUCUCAGUCGUCGUUCGAAUCUAAUGCUGUCGAAUCAUACGUAGAUGAGGAAUCAGUGAGACCCAACAGUCCUCGUGUUUUGGGUAUCUGCGACUUGAUAGUACCAGAGACAGGCUUUGCUGUGGAAGAAACAAACACGCGCUCAAAUCCCGAGGCCGAUGGUCCUCAUUCUCAGAGCUUUCGAGGUAUUGGGGAGAGCCUGGCCUGUGAAGCCGAACCCUAUGGACCUGGAUUAUUGGCCAUGGGAAACACUGCCCCAGACUCGCAUUGCCAAGGUAUGCGGCCUGCUGGAAUAACAACGACUGAAGCUCCACCUCCGUCAGUCUUUCUACAACCCACACCAUCGCCUCAAAGCAGAAAGGCACUGGAUCAUCCCGCUCCAAGCUUUCACAGUACCCCUUCUGUUCUUCCCAUGGACUGGUGGAAUCCACGAAGCACUACAAAUACUGCUUACGCUCUGCAUACUCCCCCCACCCCACAAGUGCCUUACGCUGAUGGACCUUUCGUCAACAAUGAAUCGUUUUUGCUAGGCGAUACUGCUCCUAAUUUCAAACCUAGCACCGAGUCGGUCGCUGCGUCCACUGCUACGGCCAUGGAGAAGAACCAGGAAGCCCCUCCAAAUUAUGGACCGGAAAUCCAGAAGACGACGGCCAUAGCAUGGGAACAGCACAAAGUCUCUUCCGCAUCGUUUCCGCAAGCACCUAGGCUCGAACAGGAAUCAAUUGCCGUACCAGAAAAUAGAUCACUGAAAAGAAAGGCGGAAGACAUCGAUGGUCCUUCUCCAGCCUCUGGACUUGAUACUGCUGUUUAUGACGAAGACCCAGUUGACAUCAUUAUUUCGAGCGAUAAUCAGUCCCCGGGAUGCUCUAACGAGGAAACCUGCUUUCCAGAUGCUCAGCCACCUGUUCCCGUGAACAAACUAGAAAUAACUUCUCAGCUGACCGAUUUGGACAUUGCGAAAGAGCCUCCGGUGGUUGACGGACCUGUCGGUGAUGCUGAUGUGGUUGAACGUCCAUCGAAGCGAGCGAAGAGAUCUACUGCGGGAAAAUUUGCCAGCCAUGCUGCUACGGCGGCUUUGGGGGUAGCCAUAGGUGCUUUCGGUACUAUCGCUGCGUUGGCAUCGCUUCCUCCAGAUUACUUCCAGUGAAGGGCAUGAACAGCUAAUGUAGGAGGGAUUGAUCACUUGCUUUGGAAACAAUGCGUUCAUACUAUGAAUUAUGGUGUUUAUGAUCCACACACAGUGAGUGGUGCUAUCGGCGUUCUCAUACCAUUUGCUGAAUCGGGGUUUACCGGGCGCUUCUGCUCUUCUUUUGCUUGGUUGUUGGGAAUGUCUCAUAGCUGUUUUACUUUUCUAGGUGUCCUCAUGUGCUUUAUCGGCCUCGACGUGCAGCCAUCUCCUGCAAGCUGGAUGUAACUAGUGUUCUAGCAGAUAAUACAACCCGGUAUUCGGAUGGCUGUCUACUAUUCCGCCCCAGGGUGGAGCCGACUGAUGUAACCUAACCACGGCAGCAGCAGGACACUGCUUCCAUGAUCGAUGGGCCGUCUUUCAUUUCCAACCGGGGUCAUCUUAGACCUUUCACCACCGCGGGGCCCAUUAGCCCGACGGGCUGGUGACCGCCAUGAUCACAGCGCCGGAG